AUGUUUCCAACCUUCGUCAGGCGAUUAGCCCAAUCGGCAAAGGAGCCCCUGACCAAAAGAGUUCCCUUGACUGUCGCAAACAAUCCCUACAAGGCUCGGAAAGUGUGGCCACCUGACUUCAAAGAGUUGACUCAUCAACAGCAGCUUCGGUUUGAGAAGAAGUACAAGCGUCGUAUUACCCUUGCAAGCCGUUCGCCAAGAUGGGAAAAGGGCGUCAAGUAUGCGCAGCUUAUCACAAUUGCAGCCGCACUGGUAUGGUUGCUAUUCUAUUCGGAGUUCGAGUGGUGGGGACAGAAGUAUAAGCCAUCAGAAGAGUUGCGGAAACACGCCAAUAAUCUCUUUGGAGUUCUCGAUCCCGAGAAGCGAUACGAACGCCGCAAGGACGCCCCAGAAGUAAAUCCGUCGAAAACCCCAGAGUCGAAAUGA